AUGGCAGGCUCCACCACAACGACUACCACUAUUGCCGCCGUGCUCGAGACGACCAAGAAAGAGACUCCCGUGAAUGUCCUCGAAGGUGGCGCACUCGACGAACAAUAUUAUAAUCUCCAGGAGGAUGAGCUCGCCUUCUUCAAGGCCCAGACAGGUAUCCAGAAUGAAGGUGAGCUUAAGAGACACAUUAUGAAAGCCCAGGAGGACGCAUACAAAUCCGAUGUAUGGAGUGGAGUACUACGUCCCUACGAGGCCCAUUUCUCGACGAAGGGGAAGGGGAUGAGCCACCAUUUUGAUGCAAUGCUCACCACGCUGGAUCCGGUCUGCAGGUCUAUCCAUAUCCGUGUAUCCGCCGCUUUGCUUUCACCAAGUAUACUCAAGAUUUCCCGCUUGCCCGCAUACAAACAACUCCUUGAGCUCGGACAGAAGCGUGCAGGAGCGAUGUUCCUCGACAUUGGAUGCUGCUUCGGUAACGACGUGCGCAAGGCCAUUGUCGAUGGAUUUCCUGCCCACCAGGCUCUUGCAUCGGACCUCAAGGCAGAAUUUUGGGACCUCGGCCACCAUCUCUUCAACUCUACACCCUCGUCGUUUCCAGUCAAGUUCCUUCCCGGGGACGCGCUCGACGCAGCCUUCCUCGAGCCCGGUCCCAUCUUCACCUCGCCACCUGCCGAGGCCGCACCAGCCCUGACCACACUCGAGACGCUGUCUCCGCUGCGAGGUCAUGUCUCCGCAAUCCACGCGUCGUCUUUCUUUCACCUCUUCGAUGAGCCGACGCAGACGGCGCUCUCCCGAGCAGUCGCAGGACUGCUCUCUCCGGAGCCUGGGUCAGUCAUCUUUGGCGUGCACGGUGGGCGUCCCGAGAAGGGCCUGCGCAUUGAGCAAGGCGCGCCGAAUGCACGAGGGAACUACAUGUUCUGCCACUGUCCUGAGAGUUGGGCCGCAUUAUGGGACGGGGAGAUAUUUCCGAAAGGCACGGUUCGCGUCGAGGCCACGCUCAUCAACGUCAAGCGGGACAUGAGGGGACCCGUAUUGCCUGGGACGCAGUUUUGGGCCUUGGUGUGGUCUGUCACGAGGCUGUGA